AUGAAAAUGGAGGGAGAGAGUUCUCCAUUAAAAAGAAAUUUGACUGAGUGGAGAUUUAGCCAAUAUCCAAAAUAUAUUUUGUUACCAAUUGAUGAAAAUCACGACCAAAUUAAAUCCAAUAUAAAGAAUGUCGUUUUUUCCGAGGUAACUCCUCGACCUUUAGAACGGAACAUAAGAUUGGUUUGCGCAUCACAAGAUGCUCUGACCAACAUCUUAGACAUGGAUCCGGAUAUAGCUAACCGCGAGGAAUUCGCGGAAUUUAUUGCCGGACGUAAACUGCCUUAUGGGGCUUUGCCCGUGGCGCACAGGUAUGGUGGCCAUCAGUAUGGAUUAUGGGUUGGUCAACUGGGUGAUGGUAGAGCUCAUAUCCUUGGCGAAUACGUAAACAGACGUGGAGAAAGAUGGCAGAUCCAGUUGAAGGGUUCCGGACAAACUCCAUAUGCUCGCGUUCAUGAUGGUCGCGCGGUCCUACGAUCUGCUAUUAGGGAGAUGAUUGCCAGUGAAGCUUGUUAUUUCCUAGGCAUACCUACUACCAGAGCUGUGGGAUUAGUAGUGAGCGACGAGGCAAUAGUCAGGGACGUGUAUUACAACGGAUGUCCACGGCGAGAACGAGCGGCUGUCGUACUGCGCUUGUCUCCGAAUUGGUUCCGCUUUGGUUCCUUGGAGAUUUUGUCGAGAACUGGCGAGAUAGCUGUACUUAGGCAACUCUCAGACUUUAUCAUAAAGGAAUAUUUUCCUGAUAUUCAACUGAGUGAUGAGAACCGUUUCAUCAGAAUGUUCUCGGAAAUUGCUCAUAAGACUUUGGAUUUAGUUGCUAAAUGGCAAGGUCUGGGUUUUACACAUGGACUUUUGAACACGGAUAAUAUGAGCCUCCUAGGUUUAACUGUCGACUUUGGUCCUUUUGGCUUCGUGGACUCUUACGAUGGUGGUUUUGUUUCCAACUGUUCUGAUGGAGAAGGGAGAUAUGCAUUGGCCAAACAACCUGACGUGGUGGUAUGGAAUAUAGGACAGCUUGCUAACGCUUUGAAACCACUUCUGACUUCAUCGCAACAAGUUCAUAUGUCGCAUAUCCUGAAAACCUUGGACACUUAUUGCAAAAAUAAAAUACUAGAAACAUUCCUCAUCAAGAUAGGUUUGAAGGAAGAACAAUGGGGUGACGAGCAGUUAGUGGAGAAGCUUUUGGAUAUGAUGCAGCAGACAGGAGCUGACUUCACAGCCACUUUUAGGCAGCUUGCUGAGUUGGAACCAAGUGAAAUGGUGAGCGAAAUCAAGCUUGAAGAAAAAUGGUCGCUGAAGCGUCUAUCAUCUCAUGCUUCGUGGGGCUGCUGGCUGGAUCAGUACCGUGAGAGACUUGUCAAGGAAGCUGGUGUUUUGCCAGUAAAUAGUCGUGAUUGUGGAGUAGCUGCAGUUGAUGCCAGCUCUUCAGGCUUGUUCGAAGACGAGAGGCGUCGUCGCAUGUUGAGCGUUAAUCCUGUGUACGUUCCAAGGAACUGGCUGCUCCAUGAGGCUAUUGUUGAUGCUGAGCAAGACGAUUAUCGAAAGGUUCGCUAUCUGCUGGAAGUUCUAAGAAAUCCAUUCGAAGUGCAGCCUGAAGCAGAAAAACGUGGAUUUUCAGCACAACCACCGCAGUGGGCGUAUGCUCUAAAGAUUAGCUGCUCCAGUUAA